AUGUUCCGCCCCCAAUAUAACGAGGAUCCCUCCUCACCGACCGAAUCAUCUCUCGCUACUUCAAUCUUCGAGUCACCGUCUCACAGCGUCUCGGACGCAGACAAGCGUGCAGCCCAGAUUGCGAAAUGGCGCUUCUCCACUCUCGCUGCGAACGUUGACACGAAGGAUCAGUACGGGGCCAGCUCGACUCCGAUAUAUCAGACGGCGACGUUCAAGGGGGUGAACGGGGAGUAUGACUACACCCGGAGUGGAAACCCAACUAGGGGUGGUUUAGAAUCACACUUGGCUAGACUGUAUGGCGCAUACUCUGCCUUUGCUCUUUCGACUGGUAUGACAUGUCUCGACAUGAUCCUCCGGCUGGUCAAGCCAGGAGAGACCGUUCUCGCCGGAGACGACAUUUACGGCGGCACCAACCGUCUCUUGACAUACCUCAGCACGCACGGUGGUGUAGACGUCAGACAUCUCGAUACUACCCGUCCGGAGCUGCUGCUGCCGCACCUUGGCGGAGGCAACAAGGUCACUAUGGUCCUCCUCGAAUCACCUACCAACCCCCUACUCAAAAUCGCCGACCUCGGCGAGAUCGCCGCACUCGUCAAAUCUCGUGCGCCGAACGCCCUCAUCGUCGUCGACAACACCAUGAUGUCGCCGUACCUCCAGCGCCCGCUCCAUCUCGGCGCAGAUAUCGUCUAUGACUCGGGCACCAAGUACCUCUCGGGCCACCACGACGUCAUGGCCGGUGUCAUUGCGGUCAAGGACGAGGCGGUACACAAGCCUAUCGCAUUCAUGAUCAACUCGGUCGGGUCCGGUCUUGCGCCGUUCGACUCGUUCUUGCUCCUCCGGGGAGUCAAGACGAUUUCGCUCAGGAUGGAUAGGCAGAUGGCGACUGCGCAGCUGGUCGCGGACUAUCUGGACGCUUUGGGUUUCUUGGUGCACUACCCGGGGCUCAAGCAUCAUCCCAAGCGGGAUGUGCAUUACAAGCAGGCGACAGGUGCAGGGGCGGUAUUGAGUUUCGUGACGGAUGAUAAGGCGCUCAGUGAGCGGAUUGUCGGCGGAACCAGGCUAUGGGGUAUAUCCGUGUCCUUUGGCGCUGUCAACAGUCUGAUCAGCAUGCCCUGCAUGAUGUCCCAUGCGUCCAUCUCCGCUGCGGUCCGCGCCGAACGCGGUCUUCCCGAAAACCUCAUCCGCCUAUGCGUCGGUAUCGAGGACCCCCGGGACCUGAUCGACGACCUCGAGGCCGCUCUCCUUUCUUCCGGUGCCAUCAUCCACAACCUCUCCUACUCCCCUCAGAACCCUACCAAAGUCGAGGCGAUAUUCGAUACCGACCCGUCCAAGUGGAUCUUGGAGCGGGCGAAGGCGUUCCGCAGGCCGGGAGAGGAGUCGGCGAUGGCCAGGCUGGUACAGGGCGUCAAGCGGUCUUUGGGUAUGAGCGCUACUGAGCGGAAGAAGGUGGAGGGGGAAGUGGUGGUCUCUGCCCCGGGGAAGGUCAUCUUGUUCGGAGAGCAUGCGGUCGUUCAUGGUGUAACUGCUAUUGCCACCUCGGUCAACCUCAGAUGCUACGCCGCCCUCACCCCGCGAUCCGAUGACAAGGUCGCUCUCGAAGUGCCUGAUCUGGGUCUCGAGAUGGCGUGGGACAUCGACUCGCUUCCAUGGCAUCUCCUUCCUAUCCAGGUCGAGCAAUCUGGAUCAUCUCGGCGGCUGGCGGACAAGGAUCUCGACGCUCCACUUCUCGAAGCGCUCGAGGAGGUGGUCAAGGCCGGGAACGUCAAUGUGAAGUCGGCGCUGGGUGCGGCGGUCGCAUGGCUGUAUCUAUACAUGACUAUUGCUGGGUCUGAGGCUGAAGCCUUCUCUGCCACAUUCACCGCCUCCUCCAAUCUCCCCAUCUCGGCCGGCCUCGGUUCCUCCGCCGCCUACUCAACAUGUAUCGCCUCCGCCCUCCUCAUCGCGCACCAAUCCGUCCCCACCCCUUCUUCCUCGUUCACCGCAGAAGAGACUAACCUGAUUGACGGCUGGGCCUUCCUCUCCGAGAAGGUCCUGCACGGCAACCCGUCCGGUAUCGACAAUGCCGUCUCUGUUCGAGGAGGCGCUGUUGCCUUCACUCGAGCUAUCGGUGGUCGAGCGGGCGGUCUGGAGAUGCUGAGCGGGUUUGAGAGUGUACGGUUGCUUCUCACCAACACGCUUGUUGGGCGGGAUACGAAGACGCUCGUAGCGGGUGUAGGGAAGUUGAGGGAGGAGGAGCCGGAGAUGGUUGAGGGGGUCAUGCGGAGUAUUCAGGCUAUUAGUGAUGAGGCGAGGGGCCUGCUUGGCGCGGGAGAAGUGCUGGAUAGGCAACGCCUCAUCGAGAGGCUCGAAGCCCUGAUCAAAGAGAACCACUCUCACCUCGUCACCCUCCGAGUCUCCCACCCCUCCCUCGAGACCAUCGUCGCAGCAACUUCCCGCUCGCCUUAUAACCUCAGUACCAAACUCACCGGCGCCGGUGGCGGAGGCUGCGCAGUCACGCUGAUCCCGGACGACUUUGACCAGGCGUCACUGGAAGAGCUUAUCGAGGUGCUCAGGAGGGACGGGUUUGAGCCGCACCUGACAUCUUUGGGCGGGAAGGGGGCCGGUGUGCUUCGGAAUGAGGAGAAGGAUGGGGCAGGGAGGGUUGUCGGGAAGGGAGAGGAUGAGGGUGUGGGUAUGCCCCUGAGGGCGGGAUUGAGGGGUGUGGGGAGGGAAGGGGUAGGGAAGUGGGCAGAGGGACUGGGGGAGUGGGUGUUUACUUGA